AUGUCUAAAACCCUAAAAACCCUUUUCCACAAUUUUAUAAAACAAAUCCUACUCUCCGAGCUCGCAUUGAUGGCGACGCUGACAUUUUCAAACAAUGUGUUCGAAUUGACUUCGCCGCACUCUUCUGCGGCCUCUAAUUCUGUCGGAUUUUCUCCAUUGCUUUCCAAAAAUGCGCGUGGUGGUAUUACCUUCUCCAGUUCUCGCCGGAAAAGUUUCUACUGUUCCAAACGGCAUCGGAAUGCGGUUUAUUGCUCGUUUAUACCUGUGGACACUGCUAAAAUUAAGGUCAUCGGCGUCGGUGGGGGUGGUAACAAUGCUGUCAAUCGCAUGAUUGGCAGCGGUUUACAGGUUGCAAAUCCAAUUCUCUUACGGUUGUUUCUUCUGUAUUUGUACUGCGCUUUUGUAAUGGCUUUCGUUUCUAUACUUAUGUUGGGUUUUCGUGGCACUAAAUAUUCUGGGCGUUUUAGUUGUUGCUAUUUCAUGGGUGGUUACGACUUACGAGGAGUGGACUUUUAUGCCAUAAAUACAGAUGCUCAGGCUCUGUUACAAUCUGCGGCUGAGAACCCCAUUCAGAUUGGAGAGCUUUUGACUCGUGGACUUGGUACAGGUGGCAACCCACAAUUGGGCGAGCAGGCUGCAGAAGAAUCGAAAGAAUCAAUUGCAAAUGCCCUCAAUGGAUCAGAUAUGGUGUUUAUAACUGCAGGGAUGGGUGGUGGUACGGGUUCUGGUGCGGCUCCUGUUGUAGCACAGAUAGCAAAGGAAGCUGGAUAUCUUACUGUCGGUGUUGUGACCUAUCCUUUCAGCUUUGAAGGGCGCAAAAGAUCAUUGCAGUCUCAUGAUUUCCCUAGUUUGCAUGUUGUGCUUUUCCAGGCUCUUGAAGCCAUUGAAAAGCUCCAGAAGAAUGUGGAUACACUAAUAGUGAUUCCAAACGACCGUCUACUGGAUAUUGCUGAUGAGCAGACUCCACUUCAAGAUGCUUUCCUUCUAGCAGAUGAUGUGCUCCGUCAAGGUGUCCAAGGGAUAUCCGAUAUAAUCACUAUCCCUGGUUUGGUGAACGUGGAUUUUGCAGAUGUUAAGGCAGUCAUGAAGGACUCUGGUACUGCCAUGCUUGGAGUGGGUGUUUCCUCCAGUAAGAACCGCGCAGAAGAAGCAGCCGAGCAAGCAACUUUGGCACCACUGAUUGGCUCUUCUAUCCAAUCUGCUACUGGAGUUGUGUACAAUAUUACCGGAGGGAAGGAUAUAACCCUGCAAGAAGUAAAUAGGGUGUCACAGGUUGUUACGAGUUUAGCAGAUCCUUCAGCAAAUAUCAUUUUUGGGGCUGUUGUGGACGAGCGAUAUAAUGGAGAAAUACAUGUCACGAUAAUUGCAACUGGUUUCACUCAGUCGUUUCAAAAGACUCUUCUGACCGAGCCACGUGGAGCAAAGUUAGCAGAUAAUAACAAGUCCACUGGUAGACUAGACAGCUUGAAAUCACCACUUAUUCUAAAUUCAUCAAAAUCUCCUGUCACUAGUCCUCAGGCGCCUCCUUCUCGACGGCUCUUCUUUUAGCCUCACCUUUCUUUU